AUGUCCAUACAAGAAGAAAGUAGUGGAUAUACAGCAUUUGAAAACCAUGUGAGUAACCAUGAUGCUGACAAAGGUGAGAACUACCAUCCAUACGGAUUGACUGAUAAUGACGAUAGUGGUCCCCGUAAUCCCUCUCAAGAGUCACUUUGUAAGAUAUAUACAGGAGGUGCUAAUAAUGAAUAUAUUUAUAUUGGACGUCAGAAAUUCCUAAGGGAACAACUAACAGAAGCAUUCGGUGGUACAUUGAAUCCAGGUUUGGCACCAACUUCUGUCCAUAGGUUUGCUAAUCCUGCACCAUUAGGUUUGUCUGCCUUCGCAUUGACCACAUUCGUUUUGUCGAUGUUUAAUUCAAAGGCACAAGGUAUAACCACACCAAAUGUGGUGGUCGGCCUAGCGAUGUUUUAUGGAGGUGUAGUCCAAAUUAUUGCAGGCAUCUGGGAAGUAGCCUUAGAAAACACUUUUGGUGCAACUGCACUGUGCUCCUAUGGUGGAUUCUGGCUAAGUUUUGGUUCUAUUUAUAUCCCUUGGUUUGGUAUCCUAGAUGCUUAUACGGAUAAAGAAUCUGAACUAGGAAAUGCUCUUGGAUUUUACCUCUUGGGUUGGUGUAUUUUCACAUUUGGAUUAAGUGUAUGUACAAUGAAGUCAACCGUAAUGUUUUUCGCAUUAUUUUUUCUUUUAGGAGUUACGUUCCUUUUAUUAUCAAUCGGUGAAUUCUCUGGGGAGUCUCGAGUUACAAGAGCAGGUGGUAUCUUGGGAGUGAUUGUUGCAUUCAUAGCUUGGUAUAAUGCAUAUGCCGGUUUGGCGAAUAAACAGAACUCAUAUAUUCUGGCGCACCCUUUCCCCUUACCAGACAACGAAAAAGUUUUACAUAUUUGA